CAAAGAAAGGGAGGUGGGAGAUGACAGAGACGCAGGGAGAAUGACAUACGGACACAAGGUGGAGACAUAGUGAGGCAAGGAGGCACUGUACUAUCAAUAGGACAGAGGGAGGCCGGUGGGAAGGCUGUGGAUGGAGACCUUAGAUGGUAAGAUAGAGGGAGGUGGCUCAUGAUAGGAUGAAGGUGGGCCAUGGUAGGAUGGAGGUGGGCCAUGGUAGGAUGGAGAUGGGUCAUAAUAGGAUGGAGAUGUGCCAUGGUUGGAUGAAGGUGGGCCAUGGUUGGGUGGAAAGGGGCCAUGGUUGGAUGGAGGUGUGCCGUGGUAGGAUUGAAGGGGGAAGGGGGGAUAGCACAGCCACCUACGCAUGCGCACUCAGAUCGGUGAACAUUGGAGCUACGAGUGUUCAUCUUAACUAUAACACCUGUGUACUGAUGAUGAAUUGUGGCAGUGUGGCUCAAAUGGUAGUGUCAAACAGUGUGUGUCGCCUAGUGCUCACCUAAACUGGUAGACACAACCACGAGUCUGACUGGCACCAGAGCCAAUCUGAUACUAGUGUCGAAGCUGCAUGGAGCUGAGUGUGACACCAGUGCCAAAAUCAAAAGACCGAGCUUCACAGCACCAAAAGUACAUGACUGAGUGGGGCUCCACGUCCUUGGUGACACCAAUGCCAGUAUAUACUAAAAGUGAUUCGGGUGAGAGUCGAGACAUGAGUGUGAGGAAAAUUACAACUACAGCCUACAACACUACAAACCUCACCACCAUAAUCUCCAAUGCCGCUGUCUCCAACGCCACUUCUUCCAACACUACAGUCUCCAACACUACAGUCUCCAACACUACAGUCUCCAACACUACAGUCUCCAACACUUCCCAACACCACGAUGUAUACAGGAAAGGUACACAGGAUCUCAAAGACAUAGUUUUAUCCAGUAAAAGUAGAGACGCAAAUAAUAGAAAAAACUAUUUGCAUAAUGAUGACAACAAAGAUUUACAAUGUGAAGACCACACAGGAAGUAUUAAAACAGUUCCUGUACAGAGUGAAGAUGAAAAAGCAGAGACAGAUAAAAGUAUUUCCUGUAGCAUGGACGAGCUGGAUCAGUACUGGGAGAGAGUCUUGCCUGCGUCUGCCACCCCACAAGAGACAGUCAACUGGCUCACAGCAAACGGCUUCCGGCAACACGUCGACACCUUCAAGAGCUUCACAGGUACAGACAUGCUCAAUUUCUCUUCCUCGGAUUUUGUGGAUAUCUGCGGCCAGACUGACGGUGCCGAGAUCUUCAACACUCUCAACCCUCGGUAUUUCGUCUUUCAACAAACCGGCCGUAUCCCACCGAGGCAGGGUGGCCCACCGAGGCAGGGUGGCCCACCGAGGCAGGGUGGCCCACCGAGGCAGGGUGGCCCUCCGAGGCUGAGCAUGCAGGUGAAGAUCUAUGUACGUCUAAGCUCCCAGCACACCCACUACUACGCUGUUUACCUCCGUCAACGAACUGCUGAAGAGUUGGCCAAGAAAGUCUUACGUCUGAUGGGUAUCCCUUCAGGUCUUAAUUACCGUCUCUACCUUCACCACCACCCUAGCACACCUGCACUUCUUACAAACCAGACAGUAAGAAAUUUGGCUGAAGAGACGAUUUUGUCAGUGAAGGUGCAGCAUAAUAUUGACAACUUGACGAUUACUUUUGUUCAAGGUCAAGAACUUUGAAAGUCUCAUUUGAUCUUCCUGUUAUCACUUCUCUAAUUAAAAGGAUGAGUAAGUGAUGGAUCUGGACCUCUAUUGAUUUCUGCUGGAUAAUUACAAACAUAUUCAGUAACUGCUAGAUCUGCUUACUAACAGGAUCACUGCUGGAUCUUUGUAUAUUAGGCCAGGUUACAUAAGUUUGAUUAGUUUUAUCAACUUCUUUGCACAAAUUACAGUAAAAUAGUGUUAUAGAAGCAAUAAAUCAUGUUGUAUGCAGACUACCUACUUCUAUAAUUGAACCUGCACAAUUUUUGCUUAGCCUGUGUUAUAAUACUGUAUAGAAUUAUUAUCAUUAUUAUAUUUAUAAUGAUGUGUUAAACCCAUAAUAUUCAUACAGCUCAAGGAUGUGUUAAACCCAUAUAUCACACAGCUCAAGGAUGGAUGUGUUAAACCCAUAAUAGUCAUACUACUCAAGGAUGUGUUCAAUGCAUAAAUCAUACAGGUCAAGGAUGUAUUAAACCCAUAACAAUCAUACAGCUCCUGAGUAAUGGCAGGCACUAAGGUUUGAUCUGAAGAAGUGGAAAUUAUUAUUAUUAUAAUCACAGGGAAGCGCUAAACCCAUAGGGUUAUACAGCGGUUCUGUUAUUACUGUGCAUUAGACAAUAUUUCAUGCUUACUACUGUUUUCACUAAACGAAGUCUUCUCUAUUACUGUAAAUAUACUCGUUCAAACA